UUAAACUUCAAGUAAACAACACUAUGUAACUUUUAAUCUUUGACAAACUUCUAGCACGCAUCUAUGAAACAUAUAUAUAGUCCAAUUUUCAUCCUUCAAUAGAUAUACUUUAUAUGAUAUACUCAGGUAUAUCAUACGGAGUACAAAAAUAGGCUAAACAUAUGUAUCAAAAUAAUGUGCACUUUAUAACUUUUAUUGUUAGGAAUAUGCACAUCCAACAUAUAGAGUUAGUUUUAGAGCAUUACAUAAUUUAAGUUCUCACUUUAUUAUAGUUUAAUUUAAUUGAACACAAAAAAUAAAGAAAUUCCAUGCAUAUACCCCGCCUUGAAUUUUGCUCGGCUCCAAACCAUUGGGAGACCAAGUCUUUGUUUAGUCGUUACUACUCUUUCUUAAAGGUGAAUAUAUAUCCAAAAUUGGACUUCUAAACCUCUCCAUUCAUUCUCAACUUAAUAACACAAUAUAUUUAUAUGCUACUCCAUGUAUUAAAGAAAAGUUACCUCUCGUUCUCUAUCUCUCCUUCCCUAUUCUUUUUAUACCUUCCAUUCAUUAACACUUAAUUAUAGUUAGUUUGGUUUUGGUGGUGGGUGGUGGAGGGAUAGAGAUGGAUGUUCUAGAGGAGGUGGUCGGAGGUUCAAAGGAUCUCUCCCACCACAUUGUCAAGGGCAAAAGAACCAAACGUGUGAAGCCCCAUUCUCCAAUCUCUUUCACCAUGAAUAACACUACUCCAACACCUUAUUCUUCCCCCGGAGAGGAGGACAACAACAAUACCGCUUCCGGAGCAUCUGCCUCCGGAAGCGGCUCCGCGACGUUCCGCCCUGACAUGCCCACCGCGGACGACGAGGAUAUGGCUCGGUGCCUCAUGCUCUUGUCCCGAGGUGGGACAUCGAAGGAAGUAGAAGAUAAUGGCGGUGUUUAUAGUAACAGUAACAACAGCAACAACAAAUUUUGUAGCAAGAAGUACGUAGAGGCAACCACCGUGGGCGGCGGCGUGAAAGUUGGGAUGUACGUCUACGAAUGCAAAACAUGCGGCCGCACAUUCCCAACGUUUCAAGCGCUGGGCGGACACCGGACCAGCCACACAAAGGAGAAGCCCGCGCUGACGAUCGAGGCGGCGAAGAGACCGGCCGCGUCAGCCUUGUACGACGGAGGCGACGAGGAUUUUGAUCCGACGCCCUUCAACAAGACCCCCAAACUCUCCGCUUUCUCCUCCCUACAAUUCCAUGAAUCCACUAAUAAGUCUUCUCCGAGAGUUCACGAGUGCUCUUACUGUGGCGCGGAAUUCACGUCCGGGCAAGCGCUCGGCGGCCACAUGCGACGCCACCGCGGCGCCGCCGUUACUGCUACUACCGCUUGCAGCAUAGACAAAAGGGUAUUCCAGAAGGUAAACAAUGACGAGUGUUUGAAUUUGGAUCUCAAUCUCGCCCCUGCAGGAGAUAAUAGCAAAGAUCGUCACCGUCUUGGUCAAGAACAGCCGGAAAAUCAAGAGCAACAAGCGCCACCGGAAAAGUCAACGACUUUUUUGACCGCCACCACACAACUGAUUGGCU